AUGCAUACAGCUCGUUUAGAACUGGUCCGUUUGGCGGCUCAUCAUCUCCCUGGAUACCACGCAAUUUGGUCAGAUCCUGUUGCGACCCGAUGGAGUCCCCACGGCCGCUGCGAAACUAUCGAGGCUAGCGAAAAAUGGAUGUCGGAGCUACUGCUUGAUGUGAAUCCCCUAGGAGAGAACUACGCCGUGUUACUACGAUCCAAUAUCAACCUGAUCGAUGAGCUACAAAACGAUUCCGAAUCUGAUCCAGUACUUCAGCCGGGUGGCUUUCUUGGAUGGGUCGGAACUUGGAAGUCAGAGCCAAACCCCGAAGUGGGCUUCAUUUUCCAUCGAUCGGCAUGGGGUUUUGGAUUUGCGACCGAAGCAUUGAAUGCCUUUGUUCAGCUAUACUGGCAAGAAAAGCCACAAUUUGAUAUCUUUGAGGCCUACUGCGAUGCCCAGAAUGAAGCCUCUAUCAGAGUUCUGCGGAAGUGCGGGUUCGAAUUCGUGGAGUCUAUCGCGGGAGAUUAUGUUCUUCCUUGGAUGGAGGCGUCUCUUCGAACUAGUCUUCGGUUUCGGAUGACUAGGCAUGUUGUUGGUACGACCGUAGCCUAA